CCGGCCGACGGGGGUUGACAAAUUUCUCUUUGUGUCUGUCUAGGAUGGAGGAUUUAGUUGAGAAUGGUGAUCUGAUGGAUAUGAUGGAGGAAAAGAUGAGGAUAAUUAGCAGUACAGGUGGUGUUUCAGAAAAACCUGAUCGGAAAACAGUGGAAAGGAAGCGAAGAAUUCAUAUGAAAUAUUUGUGUGGAAAGCUUGUGUCUCUUAUUCCUCCCCACCACUUUUACCCAUCCAAGGAAUCAGUGUCACAACAAGAUCAACUUGAUCAAGCUGCCACAUACAUAAAGGCAUUAAGAGAACGAGUAGAGAAACUAGAGAAGAUGAAGAAGAAAAUGAGUUGGGGAGAAGAAGAAGAAGAAGGAGAAGAAGAAGAAAAAAGUGCAACAACUGCAGCAGGUUGUACAUUACUAAAAUCGCCAGUAAUUGAAGUCGGUGUAGUCGUUAGAUGA